GGGGGUGCACAGAAUGAAAGUGGUCAGGUGAAGCCUGGGACAUGAUAAGGAGAAAGGCCCUGACAAGCUAAACUUUACCAGAGAGAGGGCAGCUGCACCAGAAUGGACUGUAAGAAGAGAAUCUGUGCAGAUGUAGAAGAAAGAGUAAUUUUAGUUGGUUUAAAUGCUUGUGUUUUCAGUGUUUGUUAUGGAAAGAACACAUUUUUUUCUGGCUGGCAAAUAGUUUUGCUGCAGUGUGAGAGUAGAACUGCACUUAACUGCAAAUAGUGUUAAGGAAUGAGCAUGGUAAGGUUAAGGGCUCUCAUGGUCAGGCUUCAGAGAUUAGUUAAAUCUGUUAUUUCUUAAGCCAAACUUUCUCACUUUUGAGUAUUUUUGGAUUCGCUCUUUGGUUGUUUUUGAUAUUUGUCAGCUCUGUAGCAACAGUCUGUUUCCUGAUGUUUUGAAAAUGUUUCUUGUUUUGUUGCUAGGUGGGUAUAACCCGACAAACGGUUGGACCAAUCUGGAACGAUGGUGGUAGGAUCCAAUACACUGAAGAACACAGUGAAGAAAAAGGUGCAUCCUGUACCAUAUGAUAACUGAAACACAUGAAUGUGUUUCUUUUAAAUCUGGGAAGUACAAUUGAAAUUGAAAUUUUGUAUGUUUCUCAAUAUUGUAACAUUGUAUUUCUUCUUCAUUUAAAAUUUUGUUUUUACUGUUGUAAUGACGUGCCUGGUUUGGCCCUGCAGCACUCUACUCUAAGACGUGAUAAUUAACUAAAAGAAGUCAGUUUUGUGUUGGUUGUGGAAGUGAGUACACACAGGAAGUAGACGUGAAGUUAUGUUUGAUAGUUCUGAAUCUCACCACAAGUGUUAUUCACUGUGCCAAGUUAUGCAGUAUUGCAGCCAGUUCAGUACUUCUAUCUUCUUGCUGUUCUUUUAAGUUAGUGGAUGUUAUGUUAAAUCUGGUGGCCUGUUUCACCUAUUGAUUUAGCCAUUUGUGCAUUAUCAUGGCAGUGCAUGUUAAUGCUCAUCAAGGUUAUCUUGUGUCUGUUGGUUUGUAACACCAUGCUGUUUUAGAAGAAACUUUUAAUGAUUCAUAGGAAUGUGAUCCUUUGCGCUGGCUCCUGCUCUGAAGUCAGAAACAGCCAUUUCUUCUGAAAUGUUGAAAGUUUCUUCCACAAUACUACUGGAUAGUUCAUAUUUAUAUGAAAUGCUUCAAAUCCAUAUACACAAUGUGUAACUGUCUUUUGUUUGGACAGACAUGGUGUUUCCUCAUCCUUGCCUGUAGGGAACUUAAAAUGUUGCCAUAGAUUGAUUCAGCAAUACAGAGAAUGUGUCAUUGUGUCACAGAAAAUGGAUGGAUUCACUCGCAUCAAGUUGCAGAGGAAGAUGGAAUUCGUGAACGGAAGAAGGGGUUACAGUCUCGGCUGGAGAGGGGUAAACGAUACGAGUAUGCUACUGGACCACUGUGCUUUGUGGCGUUCCGAAUCCCCGAGGGUGCCAUAUGCACCAUCACAUGGCACCUGACGUUUCACUCUGUAUUUAUGUGAAAAUACAAUAUGGCAACAUAGCCGGCUGAUGUGCUUGAGUGGGAGCAAGCAGACGACGACGGCCCUCUCCAGGAUUGUCCACUGCCAGUGGUUUUCCAGCUGCCAGGCAGUUCUAGUGUGUUGCAGAUCUCCAACACGGUAACAUCAUGUCGAGCUGGAGCACAGUGUUUGUGACAGGCGGUGCAGGCUACAUUGGCAGUCACUGCAUUGUUGAGCUGUUGGAUGCAGGAUACAGUGUUAUUGCUGUCGAUAACUUUGCCAACUCUGUGAACGGUGAACGAGGGGAGGCACCAAGUCUGAAGCGAGUGGAGCGCAUCACUGGCAAAACUGUCACGUUUUAUCAGUGUGACCUGCUUGACAAACCACGCCUUGAAAAGAUAUUCAGCGAACACAAGAUUGAUUGUGUUAUCCACUUUGCAGCAAUGAAAGCUGUGGGGGAGUCAAUGCAAGUUCCCCUUUUGUAUUACAAGAAUAACAUUGUGGGAACAAUCAAUCUGUUGGAGGUGAUGAAAACUCAUGGCUGCUAUCAGCUGGUCUUCUCCAGCUCAUGCACAGUCUAUGGUAAUCCAGAUGUCCUUCCCAUAACAGAGGAACAUCAUACCGGCAAUGUAACUAAUGUAUAUGGGCGAACAAAGUACUUCAUUGAAGAAAUGCUCAAGGACAUAUCUGCAGCAGAGAAGAACUGGAACAUUAUCUGUCUGAGGUAUUUCAAUCCUGUUGGGGCCCAUCCUUCUGGCCUGAUAGGCGAGGAUCCCACAAAGGCAUUCACCAACCUGAUGCCAUAUAUGGCACAAGUUGCUAUCGGUAACAGGCCCAAUCUGACCAUCUUUGGUGGAGAUUAUAAUACUGUGGAUGGAACAGGUGUCAGAGACUACAUUCAUGUGAUGGACCUGGCAUCAGGACAUGUGGCAGCUCUAAAUAAACUCAAGAAAGAACAUCUCCGACUGAAGACCUACAACCUGGGGACAGGGCAAGGCGUGUCGGUCCUCCAACUGCUCCGAACUUUUGAGGCAGUAACAAAGACCAUGGUACCUUUUGAGAUACAGGAUCGACGCACUGGGGACAUUGUCUCCAUGUAUGCCAACACGUCUCUUGCUGAGCGUGAACUAGGCUGGAAAGCAAAAUACACUUUGGAACAAAUGUGUGAAGACUUUUGGCGAUGGCAGACCAUGAACCCCAAUGGUUACCGAGGGAAUAGCAACAACAGUGCAAGCAGUGAGAAUGGCAGAACAUCUGUUAUCAUCAAUGGCUCCGAGUUAAUGGACACUGAUUGGGCACAACUGUGGGAACCAUUUGUUCAAGGAGGCUUGUGACAUGUGUCAGUAGAUUGCAACUUUGCAACAGAAAUAGUGACAUACUGAGUAUAUGUAUAUACAGAUGGAAACACUUCAACCCUCCAUGUGUAACAAACAAAUAUUAAAACACUGUGCCAUCAGUAA